AUGUCUUCAGAGAAAAGCUUUACAAGCUCAAAUCCUGUAGUAGAUAAUUCUGCUCUCGCUAAAGUCACUACCGACGAGGAAGUAGCUCUAGAAAAUGAGCAGGAUACUGCACAAGGUGCUGCAGCUACAACCGCAGUUGAUCCGGUAUUCCCUCGAGAUGUUCACGGAUGGUCGUGGGCUCUAGUCAUCCUCAGUAUCCUCUGUUCAACAUUUUUGUUUGGGUUGGAUAAUACAAUUGCUGCCGACGUGCAACCCGCGAUUGUUGAGUCGUUCAAUUCUAUCAACAAGAUAUCAUGGGUUUCUGUUGCGUUCAUGAUGGGAGCUGGAUCCACGAAUCUUUUCUGGGGUCAAAUGUAUAGUCAAUUUAACCUCAAAUACCUUUACAUCAUCUCAAUUGUCCUAUUUCAGAUCGGAUCUGCACUCUGCGGUGCAGCCCCAAAUAUGAAUGUUCUGAUUGUCGGCCGUGCAAUCUGCGGUGUUGGUGGUGCUGGCUCUUACGUCGGAGUCAUGACACUAAUUUCAGUACUGACCACAGAUCAAGAACGAUCAGCUUACCUGUCAAUUCCGAGUAUUACUUGGGGUACAGCUAUGGUUCUUGGUCCUAUUAUAGGCGGCGCUUUCACUGUUAGCAAGGCCGGUUGGAGAUGGGCUUUCUACAUCAAUUUACUGAUUGGUGCAGCCUGUGCCCCAGUCUACCUCAUUCUUGUCCCAUCUAAAGAUGCCCGCCCUGGCGUCUCCUUGAAGGAUCGCAUCAAUAAGAUUGAUUUUGUCGGAUUCUUCAUUUUGUCCGGAAUAUUCGUCUCCCUCCUGAUGGCUAUCUCCUUCGGCGGGGCUGUCUACCCCUGGGGUAGUGGUCAUAUCAUUGCGCUCUUUAUUGUUUCUGGAGUUCUGGUAAUCUUUUAUUGGCUACAGCAAGGCCUCAGCAUCGGAACACCUAGAGCGAAUCGUAUGAUACCAUUUGAAUUCAUUCGAAAUGUUCAAUUGAUGCUUGUGUUCCUCUGCGGAACGACUAGCGCAACUGCCACAUAUAUCCCCGUCUACUUCUUGCCACUAUAUUUCCAAUUAGUUCGCGGCGAUUCGGCUCUGAUGGCAGGUGUACGGUUACUUCCUCUAGUGUGCUUCUUGAUUGCCUCCAUUUUGAUUGCCGGUCAAGUGGUCAGUCGUACAGGACAUUGGCAGGGUUGGUUCCUAGGCGGCUCAGUGAUUGUACUAAUAGGGGGCGUAUUACUAUAUGCUAUCGAUGAGCACACCAGCAAUGCAAAAAUCUACGGCUAUUCCAUUCUCGUUGGUACUGGAGCCGGGUCAUAUCUCCAGUUACCUUUUGCCGCGGCACAAUACUCUGUGGCACCCAUUUGGAUCCCUGUUGCGGUUGGUCUGAUCUCUUUUGCGCAGCUUGCUGCACCUUCAGUGGCGUUGUCCAUUGCAAAUACGGUCUUUGUGAAUAAGGCCACCUUGAACCUGUCCGUGUACCUACCGGAUUACUCUGGGGACCAGAUCACACGAAUCAUUUCUGGCGUUGGGAGUCAGUAUCUCGAGCUCAUGUCUCCUAGUCAACGUGAGGGAGUGAAUAGCAUCAUCACUCAUGCAAUUGGCAAGUCUUAUAUUCUUGUAAUCACCUGCGGUGGUACAAGUCUGAUUCUAUCCACUUUUCUGAUCGGUCUAAGCAUUGUGAACAGAAGAAAGAGCAAGACGGCAAGGAAUGGCAUCUAUUAG